UGCCAGAGCUGGGUGUCCCGGCGCUCUGAGGCUCCUCGCAGUUAGACGUCCCUGAGCCGGUGCUCGCCUUGACCCUGGGCUACCUGGAGGCUUUGGCUGGGGCGUGUUUCGUGGGGGCGCCCUUGGAGCAAGCCGCGAUGGCCAGCACCAGGAGUAUCGAGCUGGAGCACUUUGAGGAACGGGGACAAAAGGCCGCGCCGGGGUCGCGGAGAGGAGCGCCCAGCUCCUCCGGGGGCAGCAGCAGCUCCGGCCCCAAGGGGAACGGGCUCAUCCCCAGCCCGGCGCACAGUGCCCACUGCAGCUUCUACCGUACGCGGACCCUGCAGGCCCUGAGCUCGGAGAAGAAGGCCAAGAAGGCGCGCUUCUACCGGAAUGGGGACCGCUACUUCAAGGGCCUGGUGUUUGCCAUCUCCGGCGACCGUUUCCGGUCCUUCGAUGCGCUGCUUAUGGAGCUCACCCGCUCCCUGUCGGACAACGUGAACCUGCCCCAGGGUGUCCGCACCAUCUACACCAUCGACGGCAGCCGGAAGGUCACCAGCCUGGACGAGCUGCUGGAAGGUGAGAGUUACGUGUGUGCGUCGAAUGAACCGUUUCGUAAAGUUGAUUACACCAAAAACAUUAAUCCAAACUGGUCUGUGAACAUCAAGGGUGGGACCACCCGCGCCUUGGCUGCUCCCUCCUCAGUGAAGAGUGAAGUGAAGGAAAGUAAAGAUUUCAUCAAACCCAAAUUAGUGACUGUGAUUCGAAGUGGAGUGAAGCCUAGAAAAGCUGUGCGGAUCCUUCUGAAUAAGAAGACUGCUCAUUCCUUCGAACAGGUCUUAACAGAUAUCACUGAAGCCAUUAAACUGGACUCAGGAGUGGUGAAGAGGCUCUGCACGCUGGACGGGAAGCAGGUUACUUGUCUGCAAGACUUUUUUGGUGACGAUGAUGUUUUUAUUGCAUGUGGACCUGAAAAAUUCCGUUAUGCCCAAGAUGACUUUGUCCUGGAUCACAGUGAAUGCCGUGUCUUGAAGUCAUCUUAUUCUCGCACCUCAGCUGUUAGGUAUUCUGGAUCCAAGAGCCCUGGGCCUUCUCGACGCAGCAAAUCACCAGCUUCAGUAAAGAGGGGUGGCCACUACUCCAGGGCCUACUCUACAGCCAAAUCCCCAGUUAAUGGAACUCCCAGCAGCCAACUUUCCACUCCUAAAUCUACGAAAUCCUCCAGUUCCUCUCCAACUAGCCCAGGAAGUUUCAGAGGAUUAAAGCAGAAUUCUGCACAUGGCCGAUCUUCUUCCAAUGUAAAUGGCGGGCCUGAACUUGAUCGUUGCAUGAGUCCUGAAGGUGUGAAUGGAAACAGGUGCUCUGAAUCGUCAACUCUUCUUGAGAAGUACAAAAUUGGGAAGGUUAUUGGUGAUGGCAAUUUUGCAGUAGUCAAAGAGUGCAUGGACAGGUCCACAGGAAAAGAGUUUGCCCUAAAGAUUAUAGACAAAGCCAAAUGUUGUGGAAAGGAGCAUCUGAUUGAGAACGAAGUGUCGAUACUGCGCAGAGUGAAACAUCCAAAUAUCAUCAUGCUGGUUGAGGAGAUGGAAACAGCUACUGAGCUUUUUCUGGUGAUGGAAUUGGUCAAAGGUGGAGAUCUCUUUGAUGCAAUUACUUCUUCAACCAAGUACACUGAGAGAGAUGGCAGUGCCAUGGUGUACAACCUGGCCAACGCCCUCAGGUACCUCCACGCCCUCAGCAUUGUGCACAGAGACAUCAAGCCAGAGAACCUCUUGGUGUGUGAAUAUCCUGAUGGGACCAAGUCUUUGAAACUAGGAGACUUCGGGCUGGCCACUGUGGUAGAAGGCCCUUUAUACACAGUCUGUGGCACCCCGACUUACGUGGCCCCAGAAAUCAUUGCUGAAACCGGCUAUGGCCUGAAGGUGGACAUUUGGGCGGCUGGCGUGAUCACGUACAUACUGCUCUGUGGAUUCCCACCCUUCCGAAGUGAGAACAAUCUCCAGGAAGAUCUCUUCGACCAGAUCUUGGCUGGGAAGCUAGAGUUUCCGGCCCCCUACUGGGACAACAUCACGGACUCAGCCAAGGAAUUAAUCAGUCAAAUGCUUCAGGUAAACGUUGAAGCGCGGUGCACUGCGGGACAGAUCCUGAGUCACCCCUGGGUAUCAGACGAUGCCUCCCAGGAGAAUAAUAUGCAGGCUGAAGUAACAGGUAAACUCAAACAGCACUUUAAUAACGCGCUCCCCAAACAGAACAGCACCACCACCGGGGUCUCCGUUAUCAUGAACACGGCUCUAGAUAAGGAGGGCCAGAUCUUCGGCAGUAAGCUCGGCGCGGACGGCAGCCGGCCCGGCCUGGAGCCCGCUGCCCCGGAGCCCCCUGCGUCCCCGGAGUCGCCCCCGCGCUCUCCUGCCGCCGCCGCCGCGGAGUGCGAGCGGGCGGGGACCUGGCGCCGCCACCGCGACUGACCGGCCUCCCCCGCCGCCCGCAUCGCUGCCCGCACCGCGCAUCGCAUCGCCGGGGUGGAGAGCGCGCGCUUCCAGGGCCACCGCUUCCCGCGCGUUCCGCCCGGGUCCUGGAGGGGCCUGUGCGCGUCGGCUUCGGGGACAGGUCCUCGGAGCGGCUUCGUUUAAAUUCUCUGUCUUCUCAGUUCAGUGGACAUUUGACGGCGUCACCAGGAGAAUGUGCAACUUUUAUCUGACAUUGAGCGCAUUUUUAUAGAAACACUUUGGAUGUACCGAGAUCUCUCUCUUAUUUAAGUAAACUCAGGAGGGCUCCCUUUUUCUUACAAGCAACUCAGAACUGCGUCUGUCCCUUUGUGGGCGCCCUUCCUCUGCUGACGGGGGUCGGGGGCUGGCUUCCCGCGCAAGGCUCGGAGCCCGAGCGGACCCCCUGGUCCCGGCACUCCGCCCAGCCUCGGGGGCUCGUCUAGGACGACACUGGCUCUGGACUUGUGCGCAGACCGCAGGGAAGGCCGUUUCUUCCCUCGCAGUUGUGUUUCCCUGACUCUUCCCACGACCGUAUUAGAAAAUGCUGACGACCUUGUCCUUGGGGCUUUUUAACGAGAGGCGUGGUGCAUGCCGCGUUGCCGGGCGCUUCCUUCUCCAGGUCCGGCUGCGGGCAGAGCAGGACCAACCAGCGGCCCCAGGAGCCGCGGGAGCCUCCCUUCUCCAUCUGCUUUUCAUCUGCAGCGGCGGCAACAACCCCCAGGGAGCGCGGGGCACAGUCGGGACUGGGCGGGAAGGUGCCUGCAGACAUCCUCUGUUACUAACCUUCUGGAAGGCUGCUGGCAGUUUUUCCUUUUUUUCCACCACCCUGCUCUUUUUAAUGAUUGUAUAUAAUCAGUGUAUUUGUUUUACCUGCUCAUCUUCUAAACGGGUGGGCCUGUAGUUCAUUCUCAUUGUUAAUUAAGACUUUUGCCGCCUACAAGUGUAUCCAAUAAACUUUUCCUUCUUGAGAAAUAGCGGUCAGGGUGGGUAGAGGUUCCUGCGUGGUGGUUUUGCAAAGAGUGUGUGGUCAAAGCAACACCUCCCCGGCCCAGGUUCUGGCUGGUGCCAGUGUUGAUUUUUGUCUCGGGGUCACAACGGGGAAGAGAGGUGCUUGGGAAGAACGCACAGAGGUGCACCUGGAUGGAACUGUGUUUGAUUACAGGUGCAGAAACUCACACAACAAAAGCUCAAAAAGGAAUAGAGAUUAUUAGUGUACAACAGAGAACUCUGAUGGAACCAGAGACAGGAAGGUCAGGCUUUAUAGGAAAUGGGGAGCUGGGGCAGCUGUUCUCGUCUGUCUGUGCCUGUCUCAGAGGUUGUGCCGUCUCCUGUCUCUGCUUCUUUCAUUGCGUUUCGGCUCUUGGUUUCUGUUCCCUCAUAACGUCUGCUUGCCUGGUCUCUGGCUUAGCCUGUAACUGCUUCUGUCCCCAGCUUUGCAAGGCUGUACAACUCCACAGCUUGAGACCAUAUCUUUCAGCUCUGGUUCUCUUCGUUCACACUGCUGUGUGACGAUUUCUCUCUGGGCUGGUGCUGACCUGUGAUCCAAUCCAGAGGCAGGUGACAGAAUGCAGAUGGGCUUCCUGGGCGCACAGCUCCAGUGGGUGCAGGCUUCAAGAGAGGGUAGUGAUGGGCAGGUCCAGAACAUUCUGCCUGUCGCUCCUCUCACUGGUUAAAGAGCGAGCUUUUUCAUAGCUCCCAAUAGAAAAAUGUUUGUUAAUGGAAGCGAAGAGCUAACGUAAAAGAAAGAGGAGAAAAAUGAGGAUAAAGAAAAUGAAAAUGGAAGAAUGAUGGAGUGAGGCCUUUAGUGUACUGAUCAGAGCCUGAAACUUGACCCCAUCUCUCAAACUGCGAGGUUCAAAGACAUUUGCUAAAGACUUAAGAAAAUAAAUGGCCAGGGCAGUGCCAGUCACUGGUGGCAGGAGGAGGAGCGCCUUCUGUCCCGCACGUGCUCCCACGUUCUAUGGCACCCUGGAUGGCCUGGAGACGGGAGUAGCCUGAGCUGGGUGUGGCAACGUGGCCUGGCAGUGGCCAAGCAGUUCUUUAGUAAUUAAAUCCCACAAACACCUAGAGCGUUAAGUGGUGGUAAAGGAACAAGCCCAGAAGUAGGUCAUGGGACUGGCAGGAGACAGAGCCAUGAUGUGGUUUCAGAUUCCACAGACAUCAAACCUGUGCUCUUUCGAAGGCAGCCUGUUGUCCAGGGUCAAUCGAGGCCUGGACGUGAGUGGUCAUCUAGAUGAUGAUCCUAAAUAAAGGCUCCGACACCACAAGCAAAUUGUUCAUUCACCCACACGUGUGGCAAACGUUACUGAGCUCUUACUCUGGUCUCAGGAUCCAAAUUAAAUAGAGGUCCUUUAUUGCUGGGUUCCUCCGCUCCCGCACUGAGAGAGAGGCCUGCGCUUGGUUUAUGUUCAUCCCCUUA